GAAAUGGGAGUUCCGCGGCUUCUGCCUCAGGGCUGGCUCUGCCCUACCAGGCGGUCAUUUCCCCGAGGGCCAUGAAUGAAGAAGCCCCAGAGCAUGUGCAGAGCCUCUCCGUCGUCCCCCCCAGCGCCGCCCAAUUUAGAGGUGUGUUCCCACACCUCUGGGAUCAACAGUGCUAUUCUGUGCCUGCUUCCUGGGAAGGAAGCCCCACUGUGUUCGGUGAGAUUUACUCCCGUGCAAUCGUGUAUAGCGGGAGGUGGGGCAACCCGUCGCCCUCCAGAUGUUGCACUUCAUCCUUGCCCAUCAUCCCUGAGCAUUGAGGGUGCUGUCUGGGGCUGAUGGGAGCCGGAGUUCAAGAACACAGGUUCUCCAUACCUGCUGUGUAGGACUGCAACCUAAAAGUCCCAAGAUCCAGCUCUGACAAUGAACUUCCUCCUUACAACCCCUGUUGUGGUUCUUGAAAGAAAGAAAGAAAGAAAGAAAGAAAGAAAUUACUGGAGCUCCCAAGGCUGAGACCUGCCUUGGAAGGAAUGUCCUCUGGCCAGAAAGUUCUGCUCCUUAAUCCCAGUUUGUGCAGGAUGUCUGCAACUGACCAAUGGCAAGAAAUCAUUCUUCAUGUGGCUGGGGAAACCCAGCCAGAUAGGUGGGGUAGAAAUAAUAAUAUAUCAUCAUCAUCCUCAUGUACUAUUUUAUUGUUAUCCCACUUGUGUUGGGGGCCCCCAAGGUUCAACCAGUCAGUUUACAACCAACCUUUAGUGUGGAGGUUGGAAUGGAAAUAGAAAAAGUAACACUGACAAGAAGGCAUCAUGUUUAGCCCUUCUGUAGCCCACAAUUGUUGUAGCAAUUGUAAUAUGCUGUGCAAGAUGGUGGAUGAUUAUUAAUUGUAUUUUUGGAGCUUUUAUUUCUUAGAAUGUAUUUUAUUCUACUGAAAUAUGAAUUCCUUAGAAUUCAAUAUAUGCUUAAUUUAUGCAAGUUGCUUGCAGGUUAUCUCAAAUUAAAGCGGUGCAAUACGUUCCCAUUGGUAUGAAGAACAGGAUGUUGGCUCUCAACGGAUGGCCUUUGGAGGAUGAGGAAAUGGCCUGUCCCUGUUCUCUGGGCUGAUGUUUUCCUUCCCAUUGUUGGUCAUCAAGAAGUGUUUGCAAAGAAAUGGCAGUUUGGAGAAAGGCAAACCGGGAACAGACAGAAAACAACUUCAAUGGAGAGAGUAAUCUAUUCAUCAGUUGUAUGAUUAACUGAUUACAGUUUAUUUAAUGGCUUGCACCCAUGGAUAUAAUCCUACAUUACACAUGGGCAGAGCAAUUCAAAAGGAGUGUGGCUCCUAACCUCCCCCUUUGAUUUUUCUUUCCUUAAACACAGUUUUAUUGCCAGCAGGAAAUAUAUAAAUUAGGCCAGCUUCAGAGCUGGUGUUGAGGUGUGUCCUUCAUUCCAAGGUGUGUGUUGGGGGAGUGGCAUGCUCCGGCAGCACAUCCUUUUGGGUGAGUCAAGAGGGGCAGCCUCCUGAUGGAUGAAGCAUAAGUCUCUCUCUUUCAGGAUGGGCCUCAAUGUCCGCAGAAAGGGAGGCCCAGAGGAUCCUCUGGUCUUUGUGAUCCCUCCCAGGGACUGCAGCCUAGCCCAUUUAACUGUCUUUCUUAUUUCUGUAAAUGUGUAGAAGUUGGUAGGAUUCCACAACAGUGAUCAGAAGGAAAGAUGCCAUGGUCUCUUGCAGGUCCUGCCAGCUUUUUCCUCAUCAAAGCCUCAUCAAAGCCAUUUUGUCUGGAAAUGCAACACCUUAUUUUUUUGCAUGUGGACAAUUAAUUACCUAUUUAUUGUUCAUUGGAAUUGUUUCCCUUUUCAGCAUGAGCUUCUAUGCUAGCAAAAUGACGUUUGUGGCAGGAUGCCACAUUUCUUAGCCUUGUUGCUACAGAAUAUAUUGCUGCAUUUCCUCCUUUGUUCCCUCACAAUAAAUUGCACACUGCUGCAGGCCACACCUGCUCAUUACCAAAGAGAAGCAGAAACGGAAGGGCAUGCCAAUUGCAAUGCCAGUGGGAGAGGUUUACAAUAAAUAAAAACUUUGCAGUGAGGAAACGGAUGAUGACAUUUCCUUCAUGUGACCACUUUCGCAUGCCCUCUUUGUACAUCUAGUCUAGCAGUGGUGGCACCUGUGUAGGUGUGGACUCUGAGACACUUUUAUUACAGGUCCACCUUUCCAAUUACCGUAUUUUUCGUUCUAUAACACGCACUCGACCAUAACACGCACAUAGUUUUUAGAGGAGGAAAAUCCGUAGGCAUGCCACCCAUAGGCAUUCCCUCCAUAACGCACAGACAUUUCCCCUUACUUUUUAGGAGGAAAAAAGUGAGUGUUAUGGUGCAAAAAAUACGGUACUUCUUGAUGGAUAGCCCUGCUGUCUUUUUUUUACAGGUAGACCUGGCAUCCAGACAACUCUGCUGAAGUCCUCAGUUUUUUAAUCCCACCCAGCAUUCAAUUGAGCUGCUGCUGCUGCUGCUGCAAGUAACUUCAUGGCAACCCCCCAACACACUGCAUUUCCAUAAAGCAACCCAACCCAGCAGGAUAACAACAAUGGAAAACACUUCAGGGUUGUCAAGCACUAUUCAAGUUCCACUCCCCACCCCACCCCACAGCCCUUCACAUAGCAAAAUAUGUUACUGUUCAGGAUCCAUGAUCCCUCAACCACAGAUCCACCACCUACAAUAUGAUAUAACAAAGAUGGGCUUUAUAUGUGAUUUCGGUAACAGCAGAGUAAUUUUUUUAAUGCUACAAUUUUAUUUAAUACAGUGGUACCUCAGGUUAAGUACUUAAUUUGUUCCAGAGGUCCGUUCUUAACCUGAAACUGUUCUUAACCUGAAGCACCACUUUAGCUAAUGGGGCCUCCUGCUGCCGCCGCGCCACUGGAGCCUGAUUUCUGUUCUUAUCCUGAAGCAAAGUUCUUAACCUGAAGCACUAUUUCUGGGUUAGCGGAGUCUGUAACCUGAAGCGUAUGUAACCUGAGGUACCACUGUGUGAAAUAAGUAGGAAAGAUGAAAACCCUUGUUUUUGUCACUACCUUUUUGUUUAUGAACUGAAGCACUUCUGCCCAGUUACAGCUAGCUAAACUCCUCGGCACCUGAAUUGUUUUCUAUGGGGCAGCAAUCGCUUCUUCAAUAGGGAAGAUUAGCAUAAAAGAUUAUAAACCAAACCCAAAAGUCUCUUCAAUAGAGACAAUGGGCGUUUCAACUCUAGGCUUCAGCUUCAUUAACAUGUGAUCCGCUUUCCUAAAUGUCAAUAAUUGCUGUGACUCAUUUAUUGUCUGGAAACACUGAGAAGUGCAAUCAGGCUAGUUUUUCACAAAACGAAUGAGGAGAUUAGUGCCUUUGCUCCACACCUCCUUUCUACAAAUAGUAGAAAAUUCCUUACAAAUGCUAGGUACCCAAAUGAGCCAUGAUAUGUAGAUUUCCCAGCUUGCUUGCUUGUUUUUUUUAAAAAAAGGAAUUGCAUUGUUGCUUUUUGUAGAUUGGGCUGGGGAACCAGCCUGCACACAUGCAGCAGGGUGGGGUCUUCCCCUUCCUGGGUUGCAAAGGUAGUGCCUGAACACUACUGUUUUCCUGCCAUUGGGUUGAGAAAGGGUGUUGAUUAUUCAAGGCAGCAAUUGCUCCCUCACUCUAUGCACAUACCAUACAUUUAAAGCACUUGACAUCCUCAAAAGAAUCUGGGAGCUAGUUUGUUAAGGCUGCUGGGAAUCUUAGCUAUGUGAGGGGUAAACUACAGUUUUGAGGUUUCUUUGGGGGCAGUCGUGUGCUUAAAUGCAUGGUGUAUGCACAGCCUUCAAAUAUAGCUAUGUAUGUGUAGCAAGGGAGGCAAUUUGUUGCUUAAAAAUGCAAGCUUCUCUUCUUCGUCAGGAAUUAUAACCCAUAUAUAGGAGGAGAUGAUAGGAAGAAAGAAAUUAUCCAGUGGCCAGUCUUGAAAGUUUUUAUUUUUCUAUAUAAAAUUAAUUAAGAAGAUAGAAACAUUAAGGGUAUUAUAUCUGAUAGCUCCUCUGUUUAAUUGUGAACUUGACCAAAGAAAUAAAGGCCAGUUACUCUGCUGUCCUGUAAAAAUAAUGUUAAAGCUUCAAAUAUAAUUCAUUCAAUUUGAUAAACAUGAUAACUAUUUUUCAAGCAGCAGCCAAAGAACGUGUUAGAGAUAAUUAACAGAUGCCUGCUGGCCUGGAAAUGAAAAAGCAAGGAAUGACUCACUGUAAACUAAACGACUUUCCAUUUUCCAAGCCCAGAAGUCAAAGCUUCGUUUGUAGUUCAACUAAGCCCCUCCUUUCUACCACAACCUACUGCCUUCCCCCUGUGGUUAUUUUUCUAGCCUGUUUCCCCAAGUUGAGAAACAACGUACAUGCCAGCAGUGAUUCAUUUCGCAAUUGGUAGAACUAUGAAGAAGCAAAUGAAGAACCAUAAUGUAACACUAUGGAGGACUGCUGCUCUAAAUGUGUUGUAAACAUUUUUUGCUUACUGGCUAAAUCUCUUUGUUUUUUUCUUUUUAGUAGUGAGGCCCCCUCCUCAAGUUACAUUGGGAGGUGUCUAAAACUCCCCUAUGUUAUUUUUCCAUUAAAAAUCACCCACUUAAAAUUGGUUAUUUGCUGCAAUUUUAAAAAGAAUUGGGUCAGAAAAGAACCCACCACCACACAGCACAGUCCCAGUAGGGACCAGGGCUCCCCCCCAGCUGCUCUUUGUAAGCAAAGAAAUUUGUCCAGUCACAAAGACAUGAUUCAAAAAGUAGUCACAUCUAGCCUGACUUAGUUCUCAGAUCUGACUUGUUCCCUUUCAGAUUCACAUAGCAGAAAACAAAAUCCUAGGACAGAGAAACAGUAUCGAGUCAGAGAACACUAACCCUCCCCCCUUGACAUUUUGAUUUUCUGUGUGCAUGAUAUUCCUAUGUCUUAAAUAAAUCAUGUGAGUCUGGAGUCUGAAGUAGUACAGCCAGAGAAUAGGUUUACUGUCUCAUCUGCUGUUUUUCAGAACGAGGCCUAAAGCUGUAGCAGAAGCACUGCUAUAAAACAGAGGUAGGAAACAUCAGGCCUGAGGGCCAGAUUCAGCAUUCCAGGCCUCUCCAUCUGGCCCUUGGGGGGGGCCUUCCCAGGCAACACCUCUUCCCAGUUCAUCUCCGCCAUCACUAGCCUACACCCUGCAGUGGUCCUGCUGCGCACCCUCCUUGAGUGCUUUUGCCUGUGUGGAAUCAGCCUGAGCUGUGAUAAUGCCUCAUGUGUGGCUGCUUGUAGAAAUGUCAGCUGUUAACGUACAAAAGUAAAUGUCACACUAGUUGCUCCACCCACCACUGGCAUGAGGUCUCCAGAAGGUUGCCUGUGAUAAAAUACAGCCUUCAGGCUCCAAAAUGUCCCUCAUCAGUGAUAUAUAAGCCUUUCCUACAUCAUAGGAUCAGCAAGGAAAAAUCCCACACCAAUGAAUAAAUCCUAUAGGGAGGGAGGAAUUCAACAUCACACUGUUACAAACAUUCUGCUAGCACAAGUGUUUCUGCUCUCCAGACAGAACAGUCUUCCCCCUUGUGCUGUUCUGUGGGGUUCUCCCAGCUACUAUCACCCUGACACAAUUUAGCAGGGUGUAUGAGAGGAGGAAAGCCCCAUUGCCAUAGUGGAAGUCCUUCUAUUAGCACUACCUGGGGACCUGGGUGACGCUGUGGUCUAAACCACUGAGCCUCUUGGGCUUGCUGAUCAGAAGGUUGGCAGUUUGACCACCACGCGAGGGGCUGAGUACCCAUUGCUCUGUCCCAGCUUCUGCCAACCUAGCAGUUCGAAAGCAUACCAGUGCAAGUAGAUAAAUAGGUACUGCUGUGGUGGGAAGGUAAAUGGCAUUUCUGUGCACUCUGGAACUUGUCAUGGUCCUCCGUGCACCAGAAGCGGUUUAGUUAUGCUGGCCACAUGACCCGGAAAGCUGUCUGUGUACAAACUCCAGCUGCCUUGGCCUGAAAAGCAAGAUGAGUGCUGCACCCCAUAGUCAUCUUUGACUGGACUUAACCAUCCAGAGGUCCUUUACCUUUACUAGUGGGACCAGUUAGUUGAAUCCAGGCCAUGAUUCAUGAAUGGUGAAACAUCACUCUUACUGCAGAGAAGCAAAACUCUGCACUUGGUGACAGUGUUGUAGUUAAGAUUCCACCUGCUUAGCUAACUUCUGUAUGAUAGGAGUGUAACCACAUAUGUUAAACGUUUUUAAUAGUUUUCAAUUCUUUUAAUUAAGUUUUGAUUGUACUUUAAAUUGUACUGUUUCAGCAUGUUGGUGCUUGCAACCCUAGGCUCCUUUGGAAUAACCUAAUUAGUAACAAUAACAAAUGAUACAUGUAAAUGUCUGUUACUGAUGCAAUUUUAAAAUGAAAGGAAAUUUAAAUGGAGAAGCAGCAGCAGCAGCAGCAGCAGCAGGAGGAUGCGUAGCCCUUCCUCUCCUGCCAGCUGUUCUUCUUUUUAACUGCUCCAGCAAAGUGACUUUCCCCUUGUGAGCUUAAAAAAGCCAUGUUAUUAUCUCUCCUGUGCCCAGAUAGGUCACUUUUUUGUUGCAAUUGCUCUGAUUGUGGAUGUUUUGUUCACCCUUAAAUUUUUAUUGGCAACUUACACAGAAAUGCACAGCUUACUUAGUAGCAUCCUGUGUUAAAUAUCAUGUAUACACUCCUCAGCUGCUGUUUUUAUAAGCUUACUGAGCAUGGCCCAUGUUACCUGAUUAAAUAAGCCCCACCUGCAGCCUAGCAAACCCUGCCAAUUUCCUCUUGGCUGCUUUUGGUGCUUGUGGAAUUGCUUCACAAGCCUCCUUCCUUCUGGCAACCUUCUCACUGUUUAGCGACACUGCCUUUAUUCCCCAAAGAGUGUAAGGGAUUCAAGGCUGCCAACUAAUAGAGAGGUGGGGACCCUGGAUGGAACUACUGUUGUGCAAUUAACAGCAGCAACAUCUGCAGAGAUCAGCAAGCGAAACUGGAGAAUCAUCACCUGUUGUUGAUAAUUUAUUUUUUUUAAAAUGAUAUUUAUUAAGGUUUCAAUAAAAGAUUAAACAGAAAAACAUAAACGAAAAAUACACAGUUCAAAAAAACACAAUACAUAGUCCAAAAAAAGAAAAAAAAGAACAAAAAAACACAAAAUACAAGACAAAAAGAACAAUUAAAAACAAUAUCACCUUUUCGUUUCCAUCUUUAAAUUUAAUAGUUUUCUGGACCUCCUCAUACCUCCCUCUUUUGUAUUCCAGUUCAAUUUGUUUGUCCAGCAGUUUCUUUCCCUCUUUUUUAAUCCCAAUCUUUAAUCUUAAUAUAAUAUAACAUUAAAAUUUUACCUCUUAAAAGCCAAAUUUCCAUUUCCUUAAACUUCUUUAAUCCUAAUCCUUAAUCUUAGUUUAUCUAUAACUUUAAAUCCUGUACAGCUGGAAACCACUCAUUUUCAAUCCAACAUCACUCUAACAUUCUUUAAUUUUACAGUGUUUCUGUAGAUAAUCUUUGAAUUUCUUCCAAUCUUCCUCCACCGACUCUUCUCCCUGGUCACGGAUUCUACCAGUCAUUUCCGCCAGUUCCAUAUAGUCCAUUAGUUUCAUCUGCCAUUCCUCCAGUGUGGGAAGUUCUUGUGUCUUCCAAUACUUUGCGAUAAGUAUUCUUGCUGCUGUUGUAGCAUACAUAAAGAAAGUUCUAUCCUUUUUUAUCACCAUUUGGCCGACCAUGCCCAGGAGGAAGGCCUCUGGUUUCUUGGGGAAGGUAUAUUUGAAUACCUUUUUUAAUUCAUUAUAUAUCAUUUCCCAGAAAGCCUUAAUCUUUGGGCACGUCCACCAAAGGUGAAAAAAAGUACCUUCAGUUUCUUUACAUUUCCAACAUUUAUUAUCGGGCAAAUGAUAGAUUUUUGCAAGCUUGACUGGGGUUAUGUACCACCUGUAUAUCAUUUUCAUAAUAUUCUCUCUUAAGGCAUUACAUGCCGUAAAUUUCAUACCUGUGGUCCACAACUGUUCCCAGUCAGCGAACAUAAUGUUAUGUCCAACGUCUUGUGCCCAUUUAAUCAUAGCCGAUUUUACCGUUUCAUCCUGAGUAUUCCAUUUCAGCAGCAAGUUAUACAUUCUUGACAAAUUCUUAGUUUUGGGUUCUAACAGUUCAGUUUCUAAUUUUGAUUUUUCCACCUGGAAGCCAAUUUUCUUGUCCAAUUUAAAUACCUCCAUUAUCUGAAAAUAAUGAAGCCAGUCUCGCACUUUGUUUUUUAGCUGUUGUUGAUAAUUUAUGCUGUUGAAGCUGAAGGAGCAGGAGCAGGGGGGGGGGUGGGACUUGGCAGCCCCAAGAUCUAACCUAAAAUAUAGUGCCUUAUUCCCACUUUGUAGGGUGAGCAGCAUGGAUAGAAGAUGCAAGGAGGAAGAAGGCUGGUGCAGAGCAAUAGCCAUCAGAAACCUCCAGAUGUGACUGGGUUACAACUCCCAUCAACCCCAACCAUAACAGCUGAUUGUCAGGGACAAUGGGAGCUGGAGCUCAACAACAUCUGGAGGGCACCAUGUUGGAUUCGCUUGGUGUACAAGAUGGAAUUUUGGCAGGUGCAGCUUUGCUUACUUUGCAGAACAAGCUGCAUCGGCCAAAGAUGAAAGACAUCACACUAGGGUGAGGAACUCUUUAGGCCACAUCUCCAUGGUGGGCAGGGUCAGCAGGCAGAGCAUUAAAUGUGAAUGUUCCCCUUUUGUAGUAAUCUAGUUUCUGCACAUGCAAACAUUCCUCCAUAUCUUCCAGCCAGGCAGGGCUGGUGAAAGGUGGGGCUUGGGGUGGUACAGGGCCAGGAGAGAGACCUGAGGGCCAGAUAGAAAAGCCUGGAGGUUCCCCAUGCCUGAUCUCUGCCCCUCUGUCUCUCCUCUGAUAUGUGUUUCUUUUAAUGUUAUCCAAAGAGACACGAGGCAAUUGCAUGUGAGCACACUCAUGUCCGCCAUAUUUUUGCACACCUCCCCUGGAGAUCAACAAACUGCGCUCACGAAACGGGUAUCUUGAUUCGUUUUAGUGAAGCAGUUUGUCUGAAGUAUGCACAAGCUGCUGAACUGAAGGGAUGACUGAACUCUGAAGCAGGAGUAAGGUAAAGGUAAAGGUACCCCUGCCCAUACGGGCCAGUCGUGUCCGACUCUAGGGUUGUGCGCCCAUCUCACUUAAGAGGCCGGGGGCCAGCGCUGUCCGGAGACACUUCCGGGUCACGUGGCCAGCGUGACAAAGCUGCUCUGGCGAGCCAGCACCAGCGCAGCACACGGAAACGCCGUUUAGCUUCCCGCUAUAAAGUGGUACCUAUUUAUCUACUUGCACUUGGGGGUGCUUUCGAACUGCUAGGUGGGCAGGAGCUGGGACCGAAAGACGGGAGCUCACCCCGCCGCGGGGAUUCGAACCGCCGACCAUGAGAUUGGCAAGUCCUAGGCGCUGAGGUUUUACCCACAGUGCCACCCGCGUCCCGGAGUACUGGUGAAUAAUUCAAGUGUGCGACAGGGCAAAAUUGCAGCCAAUACAAAGGCCGAGGAGAAAGGAAGACUGUUUGCUGCAUAGACUUUUCUUUUUAAUAGAGAAGUUUUUUAAGAACAUUUUAAAGAACAUUAAAGAACACCCAUUUAAAAAUAAAUGGGUAUGCUUAUGGCCACAUUUUCUUACUACACACCAUUCAAGCAUAUAGGAUUGCUGGGUGGGGUGGAGAGACAGUAUUCCUGUACCUGUGACAGCAGCGUGGCAAGCAGCAAUUAAGCAAUUGAUUACAGCAUGUAGGUGCAUUUUCUGUACCGCAGGCUGAAAAAAGGGCUCGUGGGAGUGGUUGGGUGCAGGGAUACCAAAGAGGAAUGUCAGAAACAUCAGAGUUAUCAGUUCUAGUGCUUUAAGAGAAAGAAAGGUGUAGACUUACAGCAGAGCAACCUGCCAGGUCUCCCAGAUCUAACAGAUGGGGGAUGGACAUCACAGCAAGGAGAUGGCUUGCGCUCCCCCCAGCAAACAUUCAUACAUUCUUUAUCCACAAAGCAGCCUACGUCACUUUGGCUAGGACUUCCCAUCACGCCACCUGACCAGAUGAGGGCAUAGGUGGCAAAUACCCAAAUCUUACAGAUAGUUGUUCCCCUUUCUGGGUUCAAAGCACAGCACCCCAAGCCCCUAGAUAAGGAUACCAUCAAAGCAAGCCAAUUAGCCUAUAUCAGGGGUAGGCAACCUAAGGCCCGUGGGCUGGAUGCGGCCCAAUCACCUUAUCAAUCCAGCCCACGAACGGUUCGGGAAUCAGUGUGUUUUUACAUGAGUAGAAUGUGUCCUUUUAUUUAAAAUGCAUCUCUGGGUUAUUUGUGGGGCAUAGGAAUUCAUUCAUCCCCCCCCCCAAAUAUAGUCUGGCCCACCACAUAGUCUGAGAGACAGUGGACCGGCCCACUACUGGAAAAGGUUGCUGACCCCUGGCCUAUAUCAAAGCAAGUGAAUAUAAGCAUAUAUGAGCUCAUUGCUACAACAACUACCAAUUAAUUGUGGGGUUAUCUUGACUACCAAGAUGGCAUCUGCAGAGCUUCCGGAACAGUUCAUCUUUGGUUCAACACAAUGCAGGUAGCUACAAACACACAAUACUAGGAGUGGGGAACCUGUUGCCCACUUGCCAAUCUUGGCCCACCAGAUUCCCCAUUGGGUGCACAAGACAAUUUGGGACAAGCCACCCUCACCUGCCGGAAACCUGAGCACACUCAAAGCACAUUCUUCUCCUCUAGGGCACUGUAGUUUAUCCCUCACAGAGUUACUAGCAACUCUUAGCAAAUUGCUGUCCUAAUAAUAAUAAUAAUAAUAAUAAUAAUGUAGUAGUAGUAGUAUUAGUAGUGGUGGUGGUGGGAGAGGAAUGUGUUUCCAUUGUGCUUUAAAGGUACAGUGUAUACAUCAAUAGCUAACUGUGUGAGCCUGAAUGUGUGUGCUCAGAAGUAGGUCCUAUUGAAUUCAAUAGGUCUUGUGGCCAGAAAAGCAGAGAUAGGAUUGCAGCCUAAAUUACUGAAGGUAUAAGCUCAGUAUGUCUCGCUAAAGGCAUUGGUAGAUUGCAGCACAUUCCUAUGUAUAUUUGCUCAGCAGAUACAGGUGGUCAUCCAUUUUAUUAAAAAGUGGUGAGCAGUUGUAAGGCUACUGCAGCAUGGCCUCAUAGUUUUGUAAAUCAUCAAUGUAUUAUAAUUUUAAGUUUUGGAGGCUGGCUUCUCCCUGUCACUUCUGUGGGAGUGUCCAGCUAGUCAGAUUUUUUAUAAAACAUCAACGCUUUGUUAUGUUUUAUUUCUAUACAUGUCCCCACAGGUCCCCAGAGUUGUGAACAGCAUAUUAAUGCAAAAUAAUUAAAUAGACUGAUGGUAUUAAUCUAAAGACAGCCAGGAAAAAACCCCUGCUAGAUUCAUGUUUAUUAGUGCUAUUCUCUGCCCCAGUGAAAAGAGGCUUCCAUCUUUUACAUGCAGACCGUGUAUCAUAUAAAUGCAACAGAACAGGGACUUCAGGAAAAAGCAGAAGUCAAGUGCUACAUUUGUGACAUUCUGUUGAAGAUUGUUGUGUAAAGGCCCUAUGGACUGAUACCACACUGGUUUCCUCAUAGGGUGUGCACAUGCGUCUCACCACUAGAGGCCACCAUAUAUCUAAAUCAUAACCAAAAGCGUGCCUGAAUCAUUCGUAAAUAGUAAAUCCAAUCAACACACUCAUGUUGAAAGGUCUUCUGAUUUAGAUGGUUAGAAUUGCCCAAUACCACAGGAGCUUGGCCUUAUGCUUUUCUCUGCCCAUCGUGAUGUGAGAUUUCUACUGUGUAUAUCUGAGUAGAGACAAAACUGAAGGAAAGGAGAAGCAAAGGCUACAAAGUAUAAAACCAGCAUCUAGUAGAUUGAAGUUAAACACAAAACUAGCACAACCACAUCAACAACAAAAAGAGGUCUAUACUGUAAAUAGGGAAAGGAAAGCAUUUCCUCCACAGACAAGAACGGCAACAAAACAAAAACAGGCAAGAAGCUGGCGGAAACAACCCACUUCAUUAUUCUGUAGUAGAUUACAGUGGUACCUCGGGUUACAUACGCUUCAGGUUACAAACGCUUCAGGUUACAGACUCCGCUAACCCAGAAAUAGUACCUUGGGUUAAGAACUUUACCUCAGGAUGAGAACAGAAAUCGUUCAGCAGCAGCGGGAGGCCCCAUUAGCUAAAGUGGUACCUCAGGUUAAGAACAGUUUCAGGUUAAGAAUGGACCUCCAGAACGAAUUAAGUUCUUAACCAGAGGUACCACUGCAUGUUAUUAUUGAAACAAAUUUUAACUAUGCAAAUAUCUUUAUAAUAUUCACAUUUCUCAAUCUCAGAAGAGUGUUGUUGUUGCAGACAGUGAACUGAAGCUGAAAAAUUGUAACUUACCCAACACUUGUCAAGAGUCUGAGUUGAGAUUUAAUCCAAAUUUCACCACUCCUGAGCUAUCUCAAGAGGCACUGGACAGACAGUGCUAGCUUCUGUAAUAGGUGUACUUAAUAUGGCACAGGCUUCAGUCCUAAACAUUCUGGCGAGGGAAUAAGUUCAACUGAAUUUAAUAGAGCAUUAAAUGAUGAGGGGGAGAACCAUGUAUGCAACCUUGAGCUCCUUGGAGAAAAAGAUGGCAUGGAAGUGCAAUAAAUAAAUGACUUAAUUCUGAAUGAACAUGUUUAGGAUUGCAUAGUGAGGCUUGUGUUUGUCUGCAGCAUACUUUGAGGCUGAAAGUUACUCAGUUAUACUUUUAGACUUAUGCACAUUGAUUAGAGAGUAAGUUCCAACUAACAUAGUCAAACCUGUUCUGUGGACUGUGGGGGAAAUCAGCUAUUGACAGUUUAGAUGACAGAGGAAAAUUUAAGCUCAUGUUUCCUGAUUUGUUCUCAGACACAUUGCUCAGGAGUAGGAUGUCCUGGGGCAAAAAAGGAAGACUGGAAUCCUACACCUUUCAAGGUUGUAUAGAAGAGAGAAUUUCAGCAAAGGUAACCUGCUGAAAUUCUCUCUUCUACAGAACAGGACUGGGGUGGAUGGAAAUUCAGUUCCGUUUUCUUUUUAAUGCAAACUGUGGGGGAGGAAGGGAAAGGAGAAUGUUAGCUGCUUUGAGACUCCUUCGAGUAGUGAUAAAGCGGGAUAUCAAAUCCAAACUCCUCCUCCUCCUCCUCCUCCUCCUCUUCUUCUUCAUCUUCUUCUCCCUAAUUCACACCUCCCUAAUAAUGGAGCUACUUGUCAAAAUGUGCACUUCUCUGAAUUUUGCACUGCAAUUCUACAACCAAAGAAGUAUACAAAAAUGCACACAUUAUGAGGAAAUGUGUAUAAAACUGGAUAUACAUUUCACUGCUCGUGUGAGUAUACAACUUGCAUGAACAAUUAUUUGCCUGGCUGACCCUCAGAGUCGAUCCUGAAUUGCCUUAAGUGUGUUGCAGCCAGGAAAAUAAGUUUAGCAUGUUUUUCUGGAUGACACGCCCCAAACUCAGAGUUAAAAAUUAUACUGCCCUGCAGUUUGAUAGCGGAACAAAUAUUUUAAGCAGUAUUGCCAUCCUUUGAGCAGCAGACAUGUUUCCCAUGAGUUCACCGUAUAAACCUGAUCUGAAGAAAAUUCUUACUUUUGAAGGGUGGAUAGAUGCCUGCACAUUUGCAGGUAAUAUUGUCUUGCCUGGAGGGUUUACAAAAGGCACUCCCUCAAAAAGUUACAGCUGUAAGAUCUGCAUGGCAGACAUCUAAAGUACAUGUCUGUUAUGCACAGUGUGUAUCAGCCUUGGAUCAUGCUUAGACUCCAGCUGAAGAGUGGUUUUCUCUUGUCCAUUGCAAACCUCCUCAGUUUCAGAAUGUGCUGUGAAAGAGGGUCAUUAAUUCAUAUCGAGGGCCAGUUCCUAUGGCUGUGUUGAGAAUUGCUCCAUGACUGCACAGGAUACAGAGAAACCAUCCAGCUGCCAUCCCAUAACCCUUUUCUGAGUGUGAGAUACAUUGGAUUCAGUGGGGCUUAGUUAUGAGCAGACUCAGCUUUCACGCCCAGAUUCUUUAGGGUUAUUCUGGGAGGCAGCAUCAAUUUAGAAAGCCUAACACUGUAUUCAAGGAAACACGCUAUACUAAAUACUAGGCAUCAGUGUAAGGUUUUUUCAGUUGGAAUUUCCACAAGACUAUCUGGUUGUAUAUGCAGGAUUAGAGCCAUGCUGAGGACCCAAGUUCUCAGUUCUGAAACUACUCAGCUCUAAUUAGGCUGUCACAGUGUUAACCAGCAACUGUAGACUCUUUAGCAGUACUGCUCCUUUAUCAAUCAAUAGGCACAGAUGAUGUGAAAGCAGUACAAUUACAUAUAUAUUCAUUGCUCACCUUCUUAUAUAAACUCUUUCAGGAGCUGUUCUUCCAAAAGUAGUGGGGCACAGGAUACUUUGCGUUGUGAGAAAAUGACAUUGUUUAAAAGCAUUGUUGUUAUUGGUAAGUUCUAUAUAUAUAUUUUUUAAAUUGGUUGCGGGAAUUGGGGACUGUGAGACUUUAGGCUAUGUAUUUUCUCUUUAUACGCAUGCUACCCACGCUUGGUUUAAUUCUGUUCUUAUUUUUAUUAUAUCGAAUGAAUAAAAACCUCUAGCUUUUAAUAAAACUUAUUUGCCUAUAACAAUGUUUGAGUGCCUUGGUCAAAUGAUUUAAUUAAAAUAUUCAAAGCUAUUCUUAGCAAACAGAGCCUCCAGUUCAAUUUAAAGGGGAGAGAAGAAGAAAGAAAACUGCUUUUCAAAUGUUGGAAGGAUUAAUCUCUGACUCAUUGCUAAGCGACGUUUAAAAAUACUAAUAUAAUGUAGCUCUUGCUAUUAUUAGAGAUACAGAAAGCUCUAGUGGCCUAGAAUGAUUUGACUGAACCUUAUAAUAAUCUUAAGGGGAAGAAAAUUUAGGGACAAGAUUCAAGAAGUUCUUGUAACUAUUAACCCUAUGUUGAAACUAGCCCAAACUGAGAAAGAAAACUAUUGUUAAUUUAACAGAAAUUUCUGUUUGUCUUGCAGCUCCUGUAGCUGAGGCAACUUGUCCAUUAUCUGAGCCUCAUCAUCCAACCACAAGAUCACCAAACUGUAGGGUCUCAUCUCCUUCACGUUGUGUUUCUCAAACACUGCGUGAGAUAACAAAUUGGAAAGGAAAACCCAGAAGACAUAAGCUAAGCAAAGACUAUAUUGGCGGCCCCAGUAACUUCAAGUAAGUUAAAAUCAAGUACUGUAGCUUAAUUUGGAUUCCUGCAUGCAUGCACAUCACUGAACUGAACUGAACUGUGUGAACUGGAAAGCACUGCAUUCAGGUUUUUCAGGUUGUAAUGAAUGAAAGAAAAUUGCUUUGGUGGCGGAUUCUUUCACACGUACUAGUUGUGAAUCUAAGCAGUAUGGCUUCAAAUACACAGUGGCGGAGCUUCAUGCUCCGGCACUGGGGGGCAGAGAGCAGGUGGGCACACGUCCUGGGGGUGGUGCGCUCCCCCCCACUCCCAUUCCUCCACCACUGUGAAUACAACUGUUGGGAAUCAGAAGUGAGGAUAGAGCUGUUGUACUUGAGCUCAGCUUUUGGGCUUCCCAUAAGGAUCAGGCUGGACUAAACAAGCCUUUGGAUUAAUCCAGCAGGGCUGUUCUUGCAUUGCAGCCUAUGAGUAAGGAACUUAUUUGCACAAGAUUUGGAAGAUGCUAUCCUGAAGCUAUUGGCUGGAAAGUUGAAAGAGAUGUCCUUGUAUACAAGAGAAGGGACUUCAGUCUGUUGAAUUUCAUUGUACACAGGUCGUACAUUGAUAAUAAAGGUCUUAUUAUACAAGGACCUGAGAGACCAGGGUUUAAAUCCCCACUCAGCCAUGAAGCUCACUGGGUGACCUCAGGCCAGCCACUGCCUCUCAGCCCAACUUACCUCACAGGGUUGUUGUGGGGGAUUAGAUGAGAAAGGAGAGAUUAGAUGAGCUCCUUGCAGAAAAAGGUGGGAGAGAAGUAUAAAAAUAUAAAUAAAUAAAUUUUAAAAAUUUCAGCAUCAUACUGCUGACUAUUGAGAGUAUUUGCUAAUCAUUAUACAGUCUAAUUUCUUCUCUAACAGAAGGGUUAUUGCACGGCUGGUGCUUCAGGUCAGCUAAUGAGGAUUCCAGGCAACUUUUGGCAGAGUCCACAUUGUGCUAAAGGAGCAGCUUUGAGGCUGUAACUUUCUGCUAUGCCUUUAACAGUUGCUUGAUCUGCAGACAUGAGCAGAUACUGUAAAACUGAAGUCCCCUCCCCGCACCCCAAUGAAGUUGGUGUUAAAGGCACAGGAGGCAGGUCUGACUAGUUAUUGUUCCGUGAUCAACCCUGCCUUAAUGCCAUAUACCAUCUUAACUUGGGUUACUUCUCAUGUAGAGGUAGAGGUAACUAACUGCAUCAACUGGUUCUCAACUAAGAUGGGGAACUUAGUUGCUUACCUGGGGAACAGUGUUGCUUACCUGAAUCAUUAACAGCCUAUAAGAAGAUGAGUUUUUGUUUUUAUGCAAUCUGCUGUAGUCUCUUAUGCUCCUGGCUAUAGUUGGUUGAGAGGCCUGUUGUUAGAAUAAGCCUCCACGUGAGAAGUUGGUAAAUUUACCAGUAUUAAUAAAAUAAAUAACAGCAGUUUGUCAGAGCUGGGAAGGAAUCUUGUUGAAGCUUACUUGGGAGUAAAUUUACAUGUCAAAACUCCUUGAAAGGGUUUGCACAGAACCAAGAAGACGGAUGGGUGGCAAAAAGCCUCAGAGACAGCCUCUUCACUGAUCUUAUGAAAAUGCAGUCUUUUAAUGAUCCUGUGACCAAAUAAAUCCAAUUCAAAACCUGACCUCAGAUAGACAAUGCUGCACAUGGAAGUUCUACUUUUGACCAAAAAAUUGCUUUUACUGGAAGGGAUGCUCAUCUUCCCUUUGGUCAUAGUCAUAAUACUACUUAGGAUUCCUUUGUAUUCAAAUAAUAUAUUGCCUAUUUUUUAUGCCCUUUACAAAUAAAUGUGUUGAGGUGUGUAUGUGUGUGUUUGUGUAUGUACACAAACAUGCAUCUAGGGUGUAUGUGCCAAAAUGGGUCUUUGACCUGGGUGACAGAAAGCCUAGUUUCUGCCCUGAGUUUGUACUACAGUAUUCUAACUAACAUGCUUUGCUUUGAUACGCUUGCUUUGACAAUCCAAGUCUUCAGUGAUAUCUGCUAAAAAUGCUAAUCUGUCUUUUAGACAUCUCUGUCACAUUGGAUGGAGUCCCCAAACUGGUUUUGCUGUAAGUAAUUGCUGUGGAUUAUUGCUUGCUCAACUAUCAAUGCUUCCUCUUUUCCUCUCCUUUUUAAAAUGGUUGCUACAAAAAACGAGCUUUCUCUCAUGAUCUGAGAGCGACAUUCUAACUUGUUUGAGCCUUACCUUUAUGCAAGCUUUUUUGUCAGCAAGUACGCAUGCAAAGAAAGGCCCUUUUCUUCAAAGGCAGGGGUCUCCAAAGUGGUGCCUUGUGCACAGCAGUUUGCCCACCAUUGCCUCCUAUGUCUCCUGCAAAAUGUCUUGGUAGACAGCCAUCUCCAAAAUCACAAGGCACGAGAGACUGUUUGCUCUUCUUAGUUCUGUUGCACUUGCCAGAUGGGCAGAGUAUAAAUAAUAUUAUAAUUGUUGUUGUUGUUAUUUAUAGCCUGGUCUUUCCUGCUUCAGAUACAUUCCCUUAAAUAGACCCACUUUUCAGUAAAUACAAAGCCUGGACACCUACUUUUUCUUUCUUCCCCAACACAGGUGAGAUGCAAAGACCUCCUCACUGUCAGUGCAGUGCUGACUGAUGCUUUCUUUUCCACUGAAUAGAACAUGGUCUACAUCAUUUUAUGUUUAUGUCCUUUUAAGAUGAGGCGGCCUUUUUAUGUUAUGUCAUUUUCUGAUUGGUGCCCAUUGCACUUCUUCAAAAUUCCAAAUGUGUCACAGGCUAGUGGUGAGCCCUGUUUUCAAAGCUCUGUAGCCGUUAUAGCCUCCUUCCUUUUUUGGACACAGUUGAACAACCUUGUCUACAGCAAAGCUCUGUUUAUUUGCCCCUUAUGGUUUGCUUAUGGUUUUCCUCAAAUAAUGAUGGGUCUUGUUCGUUAAGUAAGAGACACUUAAUGAUCUCUAUCAAUACUCAGCACCUCCAACUAGUUUCCAGGUUUCCUAGCAAGACGAAUGAACUAGUUUACAGGAUUAGUGAAUGAGAGGCCACAUUAAAAAAACACACAGGAAAAUCGUUUUGAAUUCGACAUGCUUUACAACUCAGUCCUAACUGUUUCUAUAUGGGAAGUAUUUGGGGUUCAUGAUUAAGAAACAUGCUGCUCAGUUUUACAAUUUUACCUUGUCUUGCAGACCAGCUUAGAUCCUGAACUAAAGAUGAUCUUUGCUAAGGCUGGCAUAACGCAGGACCACCUGAAGGACAGGAGAACAUCAAAGAAGAUUUUGGAAGUAAUUGAGAAAUGUGGGGGUGUAGAAGCAGUAUUGAAAGAGGCAAAGGCGACAGGUAUUGCACUUGAGCACCUGUGUAGGUAGUGAAAACAUUUUUCUGUAUUAAUGUUAUGUAAACAUUUAUCCAAGCGGUCAAAUGUAUUGGUAUAGUCACUGGCUGCCUUGCUGCAUACAAACGCAGUAUGGAAUGUGGUUGCACAAGUAUGGCAGCCACCAGUUGGCUAGUGACUGUGCCGUGCCGUGCUGUGAGAAACUCAGGGUAGACAGCUUUCCCUGUUCCCUUGUACCAUUGACAGUUUCUAAAGAUGUUUGUUUAAAGGCUUAAUAGUCCCUGUCUUGUAUUCAAAAAGUGAACACCAGGGUGGGGCUGUUCUACAGAAAAGGCCCUAGCCACCACCUGUCCUGUCUUUCAUCCUCUGCUUUUAUUGGUGCUUGGCGGGGCUUGUUACUUUUGCCAUACCCAUCCCAGGUGAGAAGACUAUGCUUGCAACUGAGGGCUGGAUCUGUUCACACUUGCACUGAUGAUGGCACACCUUGAGUGAAGAGCACUCUAGUCCAACCCUCUGACUCUCCCUCCAUCUCCAAUCUGGCUAGUUCCAUGGAUUGGCAGGAUGGCUCCUUGGCUACUGUGGGAACCUUGUUCCUCAGAGGCAUGGUGGAGACCGGCUUCCCCUUGCCUACUGGGAUGUCCUAGAGCCACAGGAUGGAACCCUCAACCAGAUCACUGUUCAAACUGCCUCUGCCCCCCAUCUCUGCGGCCUCUUCCUCCCCCUCUGACGGAUCCUGCCAUUCCCACCCCAUCCCACCUGGGACUCGGCUAGAUUGGAAAAGCGAUUCAUAUGCGUUGUGUAUGCUAUAGAACAUUAUGCCACCAGAUGGCGCUGUGGAGUCCCGUUUUCCUCUACCUGUUUUACCUGUUUACAUUUACAACGCAUUUAACUGAAACACUUCUUUGAGGUGUCUAGAUCCAGCUCUGUGACAUGGGGCCUAUGAUACCACCAUGCAUGUUUUGGGGUUCUGAGGAAUCAGAUGAGAAAGCAGGUACCAAACCAUUCAGGGCUUUAGAAGUAACCAGCAACUAACGGGCAAUUCCUGCAGAUCACACAGAACUGGUAUAACAGAAUAAACCUUUCAAGCUGUUCUAACUACCUUGACCAAUUCAUAAGCAAGCACCCUUUUAGAAUGCAUAAAGUUGGUUUUAAUUUUUGCAUGUGGAUAUUUGCAUUUUUUCGUGCAUAGCCCUGAAUCCAUAUGUGGAUUUGGAAACUGUAAAAAUAAAGAAAUCUGUGUUUGGGAUGUAAGUAACAGUGGCUUCGUACAUGGACAUCAACAAUCAGAUUCAAUGUUGCUCUUGGUAAUUUUUUAAAAAAUCUUGCUUUACUUGGGACUUUGCUUUCUUGCUUAACUUGGUGGGGCUUUGGAAGAAAACGAUUUUGUUGAAAACUUUAAUUGAAUGGGCUGAGGAGCUGUUUCACACCUGUCUUUCUGCAGGCUUAUUGAAAAAACCCCUUGACCAUCCUCUGCUUUAUCCUGCAAUGCCCACGGAGCUGGAUUCCACUUGCAGCCCAAACAAUAAACAAGACUCCUGUAGUUUAGGAGUGAAGGAUGGAUUUAAGGAUGUACUAGCAGCACCUAGCUCCAUAUCAAAAUCAGAUGAGUCGUCUCAUUAUGUUGAACUCCCUGCAGUUGUCAUAUCUCCAGCACCUUGCACGUCUCCUUCCAAAAGGGUAUCUCAACACAAUUUGAUCCAAAAUUUGAAGGACGUGCAGCUGAAAAAGUCAAAGAGUGACAACCGACUAACUCCUUUCACCCGCAACAUUCUAAUGAGUCGGAUCAGAAAAGGGACACAACUGAAACCAGCAAGUAUCUUUUAUUUUAAUACUGCACCGGUUAUCUGAUGAUAGCUUAAGCGUUCCUGUUAAUCUCCUCCCCAUUCCCCGAAUUGGCUUUUAAAACAACACUGCUCAAAAUGCAAGCUUUGUGCCUAUGUCUUCAGCUAAUUUUCUAGUGAACUUUUAAGUCUAAAAACCAAGCCAAAAUGGUGAGCACAUAAUAAGCAUCCACUUAAUAAACCUGUUUGCCAUAUCUCAGAGGUAAUGCUUCUUAUCUCUGUGCUCUGUUUGGAAGCUGGGGAUUACCUAGAACAGGCAUCCCCAAACUCAGCACUCCAGCUAUUUUGGGACUACAAUUCCCAUCAUCCCUGACCACUGCUCCUGUUAGCUAGGGAUCAGGGCCAUCUUAACUGUUGGCCCAAGGGGUGCGGGGCACCUGGGCACUGGGCUCUCAGGGGCACCAUGCUGAAAGUCUGGGGCCCGAGAGUUGGAGUCUGGGGAAGAGCCCAUCGGAGUGCCACAGGCUCUUCUGCUGCAAGGCACUGAGGCGGCCGGCCAGCUCUGCCCUCUGCCCUUCUUCUCAACUGGGCUGCACGCACACAGCUCCUCCGUAGCAGAAAGAGGCUGCCAGCUAGGGCAGAGAGAGGCUGCGUUGUGUGAGGUGCCCGGCUGUGGCUGCUCCAUCCAAGUCAAACCUUGGGGGGGGGGGUUGCUGGGUAGAUCUUUGCACCCCGAUGCCGCAUAUGCUUAAGACUGCCCUGCUAGGGAUGAUGGGAGUUGUAGUCCCAAAACAGCUGGAGGGCCGAGUUUAGGGAUGCCUGACCUAGAAGAUGGGAGACGCUGAACUUUGGCCUGCCUAAGUGGGUGGUAUCUCUCUCUCCAUUUUGUUUUGUAUAACUUAAUGGCAUCAGCAGGUGGGUGGAAAGAUGUUAUGAGUAGUAAGAUGUGAUUGGGAAUGAACCUUGUCUCAUUUUGAGAGAAGGAGGGAAAAUGCACAGCUUGUUCCACUGUACAGGGCCUUGUUCCAAAGGUACAUGGGUACUGUUCAAUGUAGGAGCUGCAUUAGGCCAACAAUACCACAGUGUUGGAACCGUUGUUCUUAUAUGUGAGAUUAGGGUGCCACUGGAGAAUUCAGUGUAUCCCAUUGGAUAAAUAUAGCUGUUGCCACGAUAAGUGAAUACUGUAUACUUAUAAUAAUAAUUUAUUAUUUAUACCCCGCCCAUCUGGCUGAGUUUCCCCAGCCACUCUGGGCGGCUUCCAAUCAAGUGUUAAAAACAGUACAGCAUUAAAAAUUAAAAACUUCCCUAAACAGGGCUGCCUUCAGAUGUCUUUUAAAGAGAAGAUAGAUGCUUAUUUCCUUCACAUCUGAAGGGAGGGCGUUCCACAGGGUGGGCACUACUACCAAGAAGGCCCUCUGUCUGGUUCCUUGUAACCUCACUUCUCGCAGUGAGGGAACCGCCAGAAGGCCCUUGGCACUGGAUCUCAGUGUCUGGGCUGAAUGAUGGGGGUGGAGACGCUCCUUCAGGUAUACAGGACCGAGGCCGUUUAGGGCUUUAAAGGUCAGCACCAACACUUUGAAUUGUGCUCGGAAACGGAUUGGGAGCCAAUGCAGAUCUCUGGUCUUAGGUUAUGUGUUAUUAGGACUUUUGGACCAGGACCAGGACUAGGACUGUGAUACCAUGAAAUAGAAUGGUACAAGAUAAGCUAGCAGUGGUACCACACUGAUUUGAUGGAGGCCACACUGCCAUAGCUUCACCCAUCUCCACAGCGGAUUAUGAAAGAUGGCUGUGAAUCAGUGUGCAGAUUAGCAGAACAAUGAGCUAGUUCUGUAGAAAAAGACCAUAGAACAGAUUCUAUAGAAUAGACUUGGCUAAAGCCAUAAACUUAACAAAGAGACUAGUUUGACCACUUUAUGUUACUGGCUUUAGCGAAGUCUGUAAAGCAGGAGGAGCCAGGCUCACAAUGUACUUUUGGAAGCUGGCGCCAUUUGGGCCAAGUGACGAGGAGGAGGUGCACAGGUGCAAGGUGAGAGCACGGGACAUUUCAGGAUCCAAUCAGAAGCCAGGAUGGCUUCUGUAAUUCCAGGAUGUCCCAGUCAAAUUGGGACAGUUGAGGGUAUGGGUUACCCAGCUCUGCCAUAGAUGGCCUGAAUUUCCUGUGUUUGUACCUGACAUUGCUGACUAGCUCUUCUAAAUGCAUGCAAGCUGAAACAAGAAAUCCUCAGGGUGCUUAUAGUAAGCUGUCUUCAGUUGCCUUCAGGAAGUGAGGCAAGUGCAAGCCAGCUAUAUAACGUGAAUUCUGCACUUGCACAAGCUCUGGUUACACAAGCAAAAGGACCUUAAUAACUGGAGGCUUAUUCUAAUCUCUUAUGUUAAAAAUAAAAUAAAAAUCAGGCCUAAGUCCCAGUGACAGGCUAAUUACCUCAGCUGCUUUCUUGAAGCCAAGAAGAAAGCAGAUUGAGUUCAUGCAUCUUGCUAGAUAAAACGCCUGGGGUGAUGGCAGCUCUCAUCUAAGAGACAAAGCUUUGUUUCUAAUUUGCUAGUCUUCAGCUGUUGGGAGCUGACUAAAAAUGGGUUGUUGUUUCUUAGAAGUCUUGGAACAUUAGAACACUUUGCAAAUUCAAUAAAUAAAAGCCCCUCUGGCCAAUUUGUCUAACAAAUUAUUUUAAUUAUGACUGAAACUUGUUUAGGGAGGGGGAAAAAUAUGGCAUUAACAUUAUGUAGCAAUAAAUAUCCAAACCCUGCAUUUCUCUAAAUUUUACGUUGUAACUUUAAGUAUAAGGUGUCUAAAAGUCUCCAAACAUUGUCAGUCCUUGCUGUGUGGCUGGCCAUCAUUUAAAAAUCAAAUUUAGUGGGGCUGACUUAAGUUGCGUGGAUGUGAUCAACUUCAUCUUGUGGAAAGUGGAAACUAAUUUUUUGGAUUGGUCCUUGCUUUCUGAUUCAGAGAAUGCUUUAUGUGGGCAUGGUGGUUUUAUAUCAUGUGCCCUGUUUAAAAAAAAAUGCUGUUUGGCAAUUUAAUUCAUAAAUAACAGACUACAAUUGCCAGAGGUUGGAGGGGGAGGGGGGUCUCUUUACAAUCUGCCCCAGACGAUCAUUCAGAAUACAUGCAAAUUAUCUAAUAAACUGAGUUCAUGGAUAGUUUGAAGGAUUCCCAUAGGCAUUCUGUUACCAAAAAGAAGGAAAUGAAUCACCAGGAAAAAGACAAGGAUUUGCAUAUUGAUAUUUCCUAUGUGUUGAUGCAAAUUUAGAGAUAAUGACUGCAAUUUAAGUGGAAAUGCAUCUUACCACAGUAGGAAAGACUGGUCUGGGUGCCUACUUGGUAUUCUGUGAAGGUGCUGUUGAUGAGCACUUUCAAUACCUCUUCUCAUGCUUCUUUAUCUUUAAACCAGCUAGGGCUAGAAAGCCCUUGAAACAGAGAAUUACAGUGGUACCUCGGGUUAAGAACUUAAUUCAUUCUGGAGGUCUGUUCUUAACCUGAAACUGUUCUUAACCUGAGGUACCACUUUAGCUAAUGGGGCCUCCCGCUGCAACCGCGCGAUUUCUGUUCUCAUCCUGAAGCAAAGUUCUUAACCCAAGGUACUAUUUCUGGGUUAGCGGAGUCUGUAACCUGAAGCGUCUGUAACUUGAAGUGUCUGUAACCCGAGGUACCACUGUAUCUUCUGAUGGUCCUUCUGUAAAGUAGAACACUUGGCCCACCCUACUGGCCACAGAGGGAACAUAUUAGACUGCACAGGCCUUAGUCUGAUCUUCACUUAUGUUACCUAACAUAGGCAAGGGUGCGACGCUCGUCUCUUAAGAGGCUUUUCUUUUUAUGUUUUGCCUGGCUGUUUAUGAGGCUUUAAUUCCACAUUCUGGUUACAUUUUGUGUUUUUAUCUGUAUUGUUGUAUUUGUUGAUGAUUGCCUUGUGGGCAGGAAGAUGAUUCAUAACAUGCUUUUAAGAAUAAAAAUAAAUACCGUAUUUUUCGCUCCAUAAGAUGCACCUAGUUUUUAGAGGGGGAAUGCAAGGAAAAAUAUAUUCUUUAAAGGGAGCGCUGAGCAGAGCCUGUAUGCAUCCCAGGCUCUGCUCAGGGCUCCUUUUCACAAGGUGCGUGGGGCGUGUGUGUGGCGCUUGCAGGCGGCUCUUUAAAGGGAGCACGGCUCUUGGGGGCUUUUCUGGGAGGUGGGGGAAGGGACAGAGGGGCUAAGCCAGAAGCCAGGACAGCAAGCGGGAUUGCUGUGCAGUGAUCCCGCUUGCUGUCCUAGCUUAUGGGAUAGCCGCGCGCAACCUCUCCCGGGCAGCGGGAUGAAGGCUCCCCCAAGAGCCGUGCUCCCUUUGAAGAGCGUGUGUGCAACUUUGGGGGCUUUUCCCCGAGGAGGGAAAAGCCCCCAAGAACCGCACACACGCUCCACACGGCUCUUUAAAGGGAGUGCUGAGCAGAGCCUCCCGCCUGCAUUCGCUCCAUAAGACGCACACACAUUUCCCCUUACUUUUUAGGAGGGGAAAAGUGAGUCUUAUCGAGCAAAAAAUACGGUAUGUGGGCAUUUACACCCCACCUUUUUAAGGGAGGCAAUGAACAAUAUAAAUCACAGCAACAUAAAAAUAUAACGGCAAAGUGAAGAAAAAGAGAUUGAAGAUUUAACUAUAAAAUGUAAACUGAAAUAGAGCAGUCCAAGUAGUCAGAUUUAAAACUGGUCAAUCAUAGUGGGGCUGGGGGCUGGGGCUAUCAGGCGAGAUACAAUUUCCACCUUUAAAAUCCUUUGGGCUGUCCAGAGAACACAUACAGUGUGACCAUAGUAAUGUAGAUCUCUUUGCUGUAAAUUAUUUGUUAAUCGAGUUGUUUUCCUGUCCACCACAUACAUAUUGCUUACUGCUGUUGUACUCUUCUGAUAUCCUUUCUAAACCCAACUAUUUUCUCUAUGCUGUUUGAAAAUGAGAACAAUUCAAAUAUGUAUACUAAACAAGUCUGAGGCCCCUGAGUCAACACAGCAAUAAAAGUGGAGAUGAUUGCCUAGGUAUAAUUGCCAUGUAUGAUAAAACAGAGAUCUAAGCUUAUAGAGGAAUAAAAUAACUUUAAUUGCAAGUUCUGUAUAAAAUUAUGUGGCCCUUUGAGACUACUUGCAGAAGAUAGGAGGAAAAGAGACUUGAAGCUACAAAACUGCUACUUAUGGAACUUUUAUUAAAUAGUCUUAUUUCUCCUUGUGCAAAUGCAGAAACACAGAAUUUAUAGUUUUUGAUGUAUAGUAGUAAACAUCCUCCUCCAACAUAGCUAAAAGUGGAGGCUUGCUACGGUAACUAUAUUUCCUCAAUGGCAUGGCUGCAAGAAAGGAGAUGGAUGGAGAUAUACUUUUGUUUUACACUGAGACAUUAAGGCCCCAUCUCAGAGUGAUUUAACAACCAAUGUGUACAGUGGUACCUCGGGUUAGAUGCUUCAGGCUACAGACGCUUCAGGAUACAGACUCCUCUAAUCCAAAAAUAGUACCUCAGGUUAAGAACUUUGCUUCAGGAUGAGAACAGAAAUUGCGCAGCAGUGGCAGCGGGAGGCCCCAUUAGCUAAAGUGGUACCUCAGGUUAAGAACAGUUUCAGGUUAAGAACGGACCUCCAGAAUGAAUUAAGUUCUUAACCUGAGGUACCACUGUAUUUCCAGGAAACUCUAGGAAUUGUAGGUCUCUGUGGGAAUAAGGGUCAUCUAACAACUCUCAGCAUCCUUAAAUAACCACAGUACCCAGCAUUCUUUGGGGGAAGCCAUGAUUGUUUAAAGUGGUGUGAUACUGCUUUAAAGAUAGAGUGCAGAUGAUGGGAAAGACAAAAGGUCAAAGAUGGGUGGGAAAGACAAAACAUAGCAAUGAAAUAUUUGAUCCUUCUCAAUCUGCUGGCAGCGAAAACUAGAAAAGUAUGGCAAAUAAGUGCUGAAAUUAUGCUUGGAAAUGAGAGUUUUGUACUAUUAAUCCUGGAAUGGUAAAACUCAUUUGAAGAAAUGUUUUUAUAUAGUACCAUCUAUGUACAUGGUGCUUGUUGAAGAAUGAGAGAACACGGUCUCUCCCGCCCUCCCAAGGGUUUCCAUUUUAGGAGACAACAGAAGGAAAAGAGGGAAGUUGGCAGAGGGGAGAGAGAAUGUGAGGUUUUUGCAGCUAUGUGCGUUUAGGCUUGGAUACAGCAAGGCACAAAGAUGACCAGUGACUUGUCCCGAAGUACUAAUGGAGAAGGUAAAUUUUGAGAAGGGGGUUGAAAGAAGCAGUGGGUGGCACUGCAAUCAUUGUGAGAGGGAGGAGCCCACUCCUGUAACUGGUACAUGGAGGCAUAGCAUUAGAGGCUUUAUGGCCAUCACAACUACUUUUGACAGCCAGUGUGGUGUAGUGGUUAGAUUGUCAGACUAAGACCUGGAAGACCAGGGUUCAAAUCCCCACUUGGCCAUGAACUUCAAUGGGUGAGUCUCAGCCUAACCUCCCUCACCAGGUUGUUUUGGGGAUUAAAUGGGGGAAAGAACCAUGUCCCCCACCUUAGGAGAAAACGGAUGGGAUAGAAAUGCAAUAAACAAACAAACUAGCCACUGAUAGCCUAAACAUGAAUUUGCCUAGAUGUUUGUGUUGCUUCUUGGAGCAGACACCAAGCUACUUGAUCCUGACCGAAUAAAAACUCCUAAAAAGAACCAGAUGGCUGAUUAGUUAUGCUGAUAGUUCCAAAGUAGAUUUGACUUCUAAAAGCUGCUUCACUGUUUCAUUUUUUAACUUUGAAAACAGGUAGCUCAGAAUCCAAUGCCUCCCAUUGAUGACGACAUAGUUGCUGCUCUUAAGGAUGUUGUUCAGAAGAGACACAAGGCAAUACACCUUUCAGGUAGAUGACUUGGAACCCCCCCUUCAACAUGUAACUUAAAACUAUAUUGCUUUAUUGUUCCUUUGGACAAGCAUCUGUUCAAUAAUUUUCACUGGAACAAAGUACAGUAAGUGAUCCCCCAAGAACUGGGUGAAUACGCUUCUGAAAAGCCGUGCUUCCUGUCCCUUUUAAAAUGUUGAAUAUUCAUUCAUUAUGUCAAUUAGAAAUGUGUGAAGAUGGCAAGGAUCUUGAACUCGAUCUGUUCCUAAAAAGCUAUUGCUAAAAACAGCUGAAAUAUUGGGUGAAGUCUGGGAUAAAUGUGGCACCGUAUGAGGUCACGUUCUAUUUAAUUUUCUAAGUAAUGGGGGGUAAUGGGGGGGGGAGUACCAUGGUUAUGACAGAUUGAAAGCCAUAUGUGAGGAAUCACAGAGGACAGAAGCUGAAGUUGACAUUUAUGAUGUAGCAGCAAUUAGCAAGCAAUGUCAUAUUUAGAAAGCUGGAUAGGAACAGGAACCACAAACUCAUCUCUCCCUGGUGUUUGCAAAUUUUUUAAAGGAAUAAUUCUACUUUUACCAGGUCUCUUCCAGAUGUUUUUAUGAGACCAUGUAGCUUUAGAGAGCCAGUGUGGUGUAGUGGUUAAGAGCGGUAGUCUCGUAAUCUGGGGAACCGGGUUCGCGUCUCCGCUCCUCCACAUGCAGCUGCUGGGUGACCUUGGGCCAGUCACACUUCUUUGAAGUCUCUCAGCCCCACUCACCUCACAGAGUGUUUGUUGUGGGGGAGGAAGGGAAAGGAGAAUGUUAGCCGCUUUGAGACUCCUGAAAGGGAGUGAAAGGCGGGAUAUCAAAUCCAAACUCUUCUUCUUCUUCUUCUUCUUCUUCUAGAGAACAUUCAGUGGACUAGGGAAAGUAAUGCGUCUCUUCCUGCCUUUAACUAUUGCUUCUAGAUAUAAAAGGUUAAUAUGUUUACUCAAUCAAAUAAGCAAUAUUUUAUUACAAAAUCAGAGUACUACACAACUACCUGCCUUUUUUAAAUAAAAAAAUGGGAUUAUAAAAGUUAUUAUCUGUACUAGAAAGAAACAAAAGAACCUUUUCUGUUUGAUACUAGAAACUGUGAAUGAAAGAUCACAUUAUAUUAUUCUUUGCACACUCUUGGGACACUGAUCUUGGUUACAAAUUCAUUAGGCAGGUAACUGACAUUUUAUGUGGUUACAUUGUACACACUUCUAUCUUGUUUUUAUUUAUCUAAAAAAUGUUAUACCCUGUCCCCAGCCCAAAAAAGAGAGUUUCCCAAAGAUGGUUUCAAAAAUAUGGGUGACAUCCAAUGUUAGUCAUACUUGUUUAUUCAAUUUUUAUGAGAUGGAAUGGUGACUAAUGCUCCAGUACCAAUACAGUUGUACAUUGGUUCUUGAACGGAUUUUGUUCCAGAAGUUGGUUUGGCUUCUGAAAAUAUUCGGAAACCAAGGCAUGGCUUCCGAUUGGCUGCAGGAGCUUCCUGCACUCAAUCGGAAGCUGCGAAAAUUGCGUCUGACAUUCGGAUUCCAAAGAACGUUUGCAAAUUGGAACACUUACUUCUGGGGUUGUGGUGUUCAGGAGCCAAAACAUUCGAGUCACAAGGCAUUUGAGAAGCAAGGUACAACUGCAUUCCACUCCCUUCUAUAUGGUAAGAUCACUCCCUUUAAUAGGAAAGUUGGUGAAUGCUGUGGGAAAUUGAGCUGAAACAGACACUGAGAAACAAGAGAGGGAUGCUGGUGUCCUUGGGGGAACCUGAGGUUUGCAGAGGAACCUGAGGUUUACAAAACCAAUACAAGGAUUUGUUCAGUGCUGUAAUUUCUGCAUUACUUAUGUACAAUGUCAUGCUCGUAUUAAUCUCCUUUUAGUUGUGCAGCGCCCAUCCAUUCAUGCAAAACUUGCACCACAAUCCUAGCUCAAUGGGGCUUGCUCCCAGGGCAAGUAAGGAUAGAAUUACCUACUUUCCUGAAAGUAAGCCCCAUUGAACCCCAUAGAGGGUUAUGCUAUUAAUCACAUCACAAUUACUUUUAAAUUACAAUGCUAUUAAAUUGCAAUGAUCUCCAAUAUUUUUAGUUAAUGACAUAACGGAACACCAGUACAUAUUGGCUUCAAUAGAAUACACUACUAUCCUCAACCUUUUCUUGCAGAUACUGAAGAAUCUGACUUGGAGAAUGGCGAUGAAUGGAAUGAUUAA